AUGAGUAAAGCUCCAUGUAAAGACAAGAUAAGGCUGCUGCAAAAGGGAAAUGUUCUAAGUGGUUUUCUGAUUGCACGUGGAUCAGUUGAGAGUGCUAAGAAGAAAGCAAGUCAAGAACAGGAGGUUCUCAAUGGCUAUUCAGUUCAAAUGGGUUAUAAUCUGAUGGUAAGAGAUUGCAUACAGAUUUGGUUUGAAGCUGGGUGUUAUUCUCAGGAACGAACUGCAGGUUUUUCCAUAACAGAGCUGCAGGUUUCUGGAAGUUUCAGAAAGAGGGCACAAGGCUGUUUUGAGAUGGAGCUACUGAAGUAA